AUGGGUGUAUUGAAAUUUGUACGAAGCAAGAAAAAGAUCGAGGAGGUUAUGCAGCAGAAGGCGCCUGUGGUGCCCCAUAACAUAAAAUUACAGCAUCCUCAUAGCGCAAGCUCACAAAUCCGCACCAAGGCUUUUUCAGCCAAUUUUUUCAAGGCCACAUUCAGCUCUCGUAGCAAGGCGGUGCCAGCCGUCAGUUCUACUUACGAAGUCGUCGAAACCACCAAAAUAGGCAGCGCAGAGACCAAACCCAUCACUAGAAAUAGGCCUAGGACAGCUACUGAAACGGACCAAACAAGCAGGAACAGAUUAAAAAGGACAGAUCCCAACAAACCGUUGCCAAAGCGGCCAGAUAAAAUACUUUUGAAUCCAAAGAGACCAGAGAGAAGAUUACCAACCACAACAACAGCAGAAUUGAAAACACCUACUACUCCCAAAGAAAUAAAAAAUGACUUGAAGAGUCCUGAGGUUGUAUUACAAAUUGUGAAAAAAUCACGCGCUCCGUCUACGCCACAUAACGUGAGCGUUUUGCCGCCAUCAUUGAAACCGAAAGUCGUUGAGGAAAAAUUGAAAUUAACGAAAAAUAUUAACAACAAUGAUGUUUGGACUAACGCAAAUGACAAUAAGGCCACAGAGAAAAAAGCUUGCAUAUUGUCAGUGAGGUAA